AUGUACAGCUUCAAUACUCUUCGACUCUACCUUUGGGAGACCAUUGUAUUCUUCAGCCUUGCAGCGUCUAAGGAGGCUGAAGCUGCCCGCUCGGCGCCCAAGCCUAUGUCGCCCUCGGAUUUCCUGGACAAGCUCAUGGGGAGAACCUCUGGAUACGAUGCCAGGAUCAGGCCCAAUUUUAAAGGUCCCCCGGUGAAUGUGAGCUGCAACAUUUUCAUCAACAGCUUUGGUUCCAUUGCUGAGACAACUAUGGACUACAGGGUCAACAUCUUCCUGCGGCAGCAGUGGAACGACCCUCGGCUGGCCUACAAUGAAUAUCCCGAUGACUCUCUGGACCUGGACCCAUCCAUGUUGGAUUCCAUCUGGAAACCUGACCUGUUCUUUGCCAACGAGAAGGGGGCCCACUUCCACGAGAUCACCACAGACAACAAACUGCUGAGGAUCUCCCGGAAUGGCAAUGUCCUCUACAGCAUCAGAAUCACCCUGACGCUGGCCUGCCCCAUGGACUUGAAGAAUUUCCCCAUGGACGUCCAGACGUGCAUCAUGCAACUGGAAAGCUUUGGAUACACCAUGAAUGACCUCAUCUUUGAGUGGCAGGAGCAGGGAGCUGUGCAGGUGGCAGAUGGACUAACUCUGCCCCAGUUUAUCCUGAAGGAGGAGAAGGAUUUGAGAUACUGCACCAAGCAUUACAACACAGGUAAAUUCACCUGCAUCGAGGCCCGGUUCCACCUGGAGAGACAGAUGGGCUACUACCUGAUCCAGAUGUACAUUCCCAGCCUGCUUAUUGUCAUCCUCUCAUGGAUUUCCUUCUGGAUCAACAUGGAUGCUGCACCAGCCCGUGUGGCCCUGGGCAUCACCACUGUGCUCACCAUGACCACCCAGAGCUCUGGCUCCCGAGCAUCCCUGCCCAAGGUGUCCUAUGUGAAAGCCAUUGACAUUUGGAUGGCCGUGUGCCUGCUCUUCGUGUUCUCAGCCCUGCUGGAGUAUGCCGCUGUCAACUUUGUGUCUCGGCAGCACAAAGAUCUGCUCCGAUUCCGGAGGAAGCGAAGACAUCACAAGGAGGAUGAGGCCGGAGAAGGCCGCUUCAACUUCUCUGCCUAUGCGAUGGGCCCGGCCUGUCUGCAGGCCAAGGAUGGCAUCUCAGUCAAGGGUGCCAACAACAACAACACCACCAACCCCGCUCCUGUACCAUCAAAGUCCCCAGAGGAGAUGCGAAAACUCUUCAUCCAGAGGGCCAAGAAGAUCGACAAACUAUCCCGCAUCGGCUUCCCCAUGGCCUUCCUCAUCUUCAACAUGUUCUACUGGAUCAUCUACAAAAUUGUCCGCAGGGAGGAUGUCCACAACCAGUGA